AUGGCAUUGCUGUUUGCCUGGAAUUAUUGGGUCUACCUGGGCCGCCUGCCAUCUCACCCGGCCAGUACCGGCACCGUCCCGGGGCAGGCCCCGGUUACCGUCGCAAAGGACCUGGUGCCUUUGGAGGCGCACAUCAUGAGCAAGUGUCCGGAUGCGAGGGACUGCUUGAGAGAUCUGGUCCUGCCUACCAUGAUGAAGGCCCAGGACAAGGUGAACUUUACUCUCUCGUACAUCGGCACACCGACCGAGAACGACGGCGUCGACUGCAAGCAUGGCCCCUCGGAAUGCAUGGGAAAUAUUAUCGAGCUUUGUGCUGCCCACCUCUACCCCGACCCCAAGAUCAACCUCGGCUUCACCAUGUGCCUCACCCGCGAAUACAGCUCUAUCCCCGACCGUACCCUGGUCGAAGACUGUGCCCUGGAGCACGCCAUUGAUGUCAAGGCCCUCAACGACUGCGCCACCGAAGACGAUGGAGGCUUCGGCGUCGGCAUGCUGCGUGAUAGCGUUCGCCGGAGCAAGAAUGCCGGUGUAAGCAAGAGCUGUACCGUCAGGCUCAACGAGGAGAUUUACUGCAUCCGGGACGGUGGCGAGUGGAAGGACUGCCCGCACGGAUCGGGCGUCAACGACCUCGUCAUCGCUAUUGAGAAGCUUUACCGUCCUUAG